AUGGAUAUGAGAAGCCAUGAAAUGAUAGAGAGAAGAAGAGAAGACAAUGGCAACAAUGGUGUUUCCGGUAACAUCAAUAGCAUUGCUAAUGAAGACAAUUGCAAUGGUAACAACAACAACAGCAUCACUCGUGUCUCUUGCAACUCUCAAACCCUAGACCACCACCACCACCAAUCCAAGUCUCCGCCGUCGUUCUCCGCCGUUAAAUCCGCCAUACGUUACCGGGAGUGUCUGAAGAACCACGCGGCGAACGUCGGCGGGA